AUGUUUAGUUUGCCCGCGAUUAUAACGAACCAGUGCGCGCGAACGAGGCUGUUGUCCGCAAAGCGCCGUAACGCUUGGCUGGCGCGCAUUAAGCGAAGAGAUUUGAAGAAAGAGAAAUACAUCCGUGUCUGCAGUCUUCACUUCAUCACAGGGAAACCUGCGAAUUUAAUGGAUGACGCGAACCCCGACUGGACGCCGAGCCUACUGCUGGGCCAUGGCCGUUAUGACCGGACUACUGACGCAGCGUCUGCGCGUUUUCACCGCUGUGAAAAGCGACGGAAGAGCAAGCGGGAUGCUGUCGCAGCGAGCACGCCGCCCACGGAGCCUGGAACAUCCCUCGAACUGCCUGUCAUGGACGCAGAACCAGAGCGUGAUGAGCCAUCUGCGGUAGAUCCCAUUCUGGAGUCUAAAUCAGAGGUUGAAGUGCAAACCGACCUCACGUGCCAAGAUCUUCAGGCGCUACUGGAGGAUUAUCAGAAAGUAACCAGCGAGUUGAUCACUUUGAAGAGCCAGAAACAGUCUACGGAAAUGUCAGAGCUAUCCCUUUGUGAAGACCCCGUGAAGGUGGCCUUUUACACAGGACUUCCGAAUUUUGCAACUCUUCUGUCAGUGUUCAGCGUUGUGCAGCUGUUUGUCAAGCACACACCACAGAACUCAUUAGGAAAGUUCGAGGAAUUUUUGGUGUUCCUGAAGAAGCUGAAGUUGAAUCUGCCAUUCCAAGACCUUGCCUACCGUUUCGAUUCCAAGAUUCUCUGA